AUGCUUGGAGAAGCCUUCUUAAUUGAAUUUCUAUACAAAGAACAGAAAUAUACAUUUUGCAAACCAUUUACAUGUAAGAAGACCUUAAAUGAUAAAAAGGAAACUUGGAAAAAGCAGCUUUUAGAUACAGAAGACAAUUCACUUUCUCCUGAUAAAAUGGAAAAUCAACAUAAGUUUGUGAAAGAAAGUUUAACAGAGCAAAUUAAUGAUACAAAUAAAAUAAAAUCUGUGGAUGAAAUAACUGCAGCAAAAUACAAAAGUGCAUCUCUUCCAGGAAAUGUGUCUGUUGCAUACCUCAUUCCAAAGAAAAAACAACAUGAUGAAAGACAACUGGAUUUAUAUCAAUCAUGGUCAUGUACAAGUAUUUGCCAGAAUUAUCCUGACCUACAUAUUGGAGGAGACCAUGUGGGGAACAUGUAUGAUUCAGGCUGCUUUGGGGAACACAUACGUGAUGAUGCUUUUAAUGGUCCCCUCUUACUUUCAGUAGAUAUACCAUUGGGUCAUUCUCCUAUCAUUGAGCCUCUAGAGAAACCACCUGCCUUAAAACUUUUGAAUGGGGAAGAAAUUCGAGAAAAAAGUAUGUUGCUUUAUAAGCAGCCCCUCUCUAAUUCUAUGCUUAAUAGUUAUAUGGAAAAAAAGGUGGAUGAACUCUACAAACAAUUUUUGGAAGAAAAUCUCACUAAAUGCCUCUCCAUAACCAAUCUUAUGGCUUCUAAUUUGCUUAUGAAUAAUGUAAAUCAGAUUAGUCUUCAAAUUUCUCAAGAGAAUAACAUAGAGACAUCGAAAACUCGAGAAGCUCUUGUACAUUCUUUAGCAGUAUGUAAUCUCUGUGACAUUUCCCAUGAAAACAGUUCUGAAUUAAGCACUCCUAACCUACAAAUAUCAAACCAGAGAAGUAGAGAAUUAGUAUCACAUCUACUAUAGGAACCAAUUGUAGGUUCGUUGG